AUGUCAUCUCAUUCCGCAUCUUCUAUAGAAACAAAUAGACUGGCUGUUAGUUGCCAUACAUCAGCCCAGAACCCUAUACGUUUUGCACGCCGAGGUGCAUUUAGAGAGAAAAACGUUUCCCAUGUUAAAGGUCAUGAGUUUGCGGCUCGUUUUUUGAAGCAAUUCACUUUUUGCGGUCAUUGCAAAGACUUCAUAUGGGGCUUAGGGAUUCAAGGCGUUCAGUGCAAAGCGUGUUUGUUUACUGUUCACAAAAGGUGCUACCAACUUGUUACUUUCCAGUGCCCUGGUGCAGAUACCGGGCCAGAUACUGACUUUGAAAAGAAACAUGAUUUUGUGUUGUAUUCCUAUACUAGUCCUACAUUUUGUGAUCAUUGUGGUUCUCUCCUCUACGGAUUGAUUCACCAAGGUUAUAAGUGUAAAAACUGUGAUCUGAAUGUUCACAAGCGAUGCACUUCUCGUGCCCCACGACUAUGUGGUAUGGACCAUACUGAAAGAAGAGGCCGAUUGAAAGUCUCAAUCACUGCUCAGCCGGGAAGACUCAAAGUUGAAAUUUUUGAGGCGAAAAAUCUUGUCCCUAUGGACCCAAAUGGUUUAGCAGAUCCAUAUGUGAAAAUCAAACUUCUACCAAGUGAUGAAAGUGGUAGAUCCAAGCUUAAGACGAAACUCUGUCGGUCUACACUGAAUCCUGUAUGGAAUGAGACAUUUUACGUUGGGAUAUCAAAUGAAGAUCAUUCCAAACGUCUUUCAAUCGAAGUUUGGGAUUGGGAUCGUACUUCUAGAAAUGAUUUUAUGGGUUCAUUCUCCUUUGGUGUUAGCGAGAUCAUUAAAGAACCUGUAUCUUCAUGGUAUAAGCUGUUAAACCAAGAGGAAGGAGAAUUCUAUUCGCUUCCAUGUAUCGAUGAAGCCGGCACCGCUGUAUUGGAAUUACGUAAACGUAUGGAGCGCAUGUCCACAGAACAUUUAAAUUUGGCUAACAAUCGGAACAGAAUUUCUCAUGCAUCUAUGACCUCACAGCACAAGCCUGAUAUUCCUAGACCAAGUGACUUCAAUUUUCUCGUUGUCUUGGGAAAAGGCAGUUUUGGAAAGGUUGUUCUCGCUGAGCAAAAGCACAUGGAUGAGCUCUUUGCUGUGAAAAUCCUGAAAAAAGACGUUAUUCUGCAGGAUGAUGACGUUGAAUGUGCCAUGACAGAGCGUAGAGUACUUGCAUUACCCAACAAAUCUCCUUUUCUUGUACGCCUACAUUCAUGUUUCCAGUCUAUGGAUCGGUUGUACCUUGUAAUGGAAUAUGUGAAUGGUGGAGAUCUUAUGCAUCGUAUUCAACAAGAGGGGAAAUUUAAAGAACCUGUUGCUGUAUUUUAUUCAGCUGAGAUUGCAUUGGGUUUAUUCUACUUACACAAUCAUGGAAUAAUAUAUAGGGAUCUUAAACUAGAUAAUAUUCUGUUGGACAGUGAAGGUCACAUAAAAAUAGCUGAUUUUGGCAUGUGUAAAGAAGGCAUAUUUGAUGACAAAAAGACUCGUACAUUUUGUGGUACUCCCGAUUAUAUUGCACCUGAAAUUGUUGCUUAUGAAAUGUACGGUAAAUCUGUGGAUUGGUGGUCAUUCGGCGUACUGAUCUAUGAGAUGCUUGCCGGUUUGCCACCGUUCGAUGGCGAAGACGAGGAGGAAUUAUUUCGAAAUAUUGCCUCACAAGAUGUCACCUACCCCAGACAUAUGUCAAGAGAAGCUUGUAUGCUUUGCCGUGGUCUACUAAUACGCAAUCCUAAAGAAAGACUUGGGUGUGGGCCAAAUGGCGAACGAGAUAUACGGGAACACCAGUUUUAUCGUCGUAUCGAUUGGCAUAAACUGUCCAACUUGGAGAUUCAACCACCAUUUAAACCUCGCAUUAAGAACAAACGAGAUGUGACAAACUUCGAUGCUGAUUUUACCAAAGAAGCACCUAAAUUAACACCAACAGACAAAUUAUUUAUUAUGAAUUUAGAUCAAACUGAAUUUGCUGGAUUCUCUUAUGUGAAUCCAGAAUACGUACUAGAAGUAUAA